AUAAUUUUUUCAAUCAUCCAUUAAUCAAUCAACCAAAUCCAUCGAUAAAAAACGACUACUUUGAUAUCGAUUAAUUGAAACAUGACUGAUCGUUAUAAUAUUCAUUCACAAUUAGAACAUUUACAAUCCAAAUAUAUUGGCACUGGACAUGCUGAUACAAGCAAAUUUGAAUGGAUGGUCAAUCAACAUCGUGAUACUUAUGCAUCAUAUUUAGGACAUCCAGAUAUGUUGUCAUUUUUUUCUAUAGCCGAAAAUGAAUCAAUUGGCCGUAUUAAAUUCAAUAUGAUGGAAAAAAUGUUACAACCAUGUGGUAUUAAUCCAGAAAAACCAGACGAUUGAUUGAUUCACUCACUACAAAAUAAUAAAUUGAUUAUCAUUUUAAAAAAUUCAUUUUCUUGUA